AUGGAUGUGGAUCAAGACCUGGCUGAAGCAAAGCCCGUGAGGGAGACAUGGGACAGUAAGAUGGAGUACCUCUUGGCGGUGGCAGGACACUUGGUCGGCCUUGGUAACGUGUGGAGAUUUCCAUAUCUCUGCUACAAAAAUGGAGGAGGCGUCUUCCUGAUUCCGUACAUGGUGUUCCUGUUCACGUGUGGAAUCCCAAUCUUCUUCAUGGAGACCACUCUGGGGCAGUUCACCAGCCAAGGAGGAAUCACCUGUUGGGGAAAGCUAUGCCCUUUGUUUCAAGGUAUCGGUUAUGGAAGCCAAGUGGUGAUCUUGUACAGUGGAGUUUACUACAUCAUCAUUCUGGCCUGGGCUUUUCUUUAUCUGUUCUCCUCGUUCACUUCAAAACUCCCAUGGGCCUCCUGUCAAAAUGCAUGGAACACAGAUAAGUGUUUUGAGCACGGGAUCAAUCAAACGUCUGAUAUGCAGCAUGAUGGGGGCACUACGUCUUCUGUUGUGGAGUUCUGGGAGAGGAGGAUUUUGGGACUGUCCGAUGGCAUUGACCACCUUGGAAGUGUCCGCUGGGAGUUGGCCUUGUGUCUUCUUCUGGCAUGGAUUGUGUGUUACUUCUGUGUGUGGCAAGGAGUCAAGUCGACUGGAAAGGUGGUGUACUUCACUGCCACGUUCCCAUACCUGAUGCUCGUGGUGUUGUUAAUCCGUGGGCUCACUUUACCAGGUGCUAAAGAAGGAGUAAUAUUCUACUUGUACCCGGAUCCUUCUAAGAUGGCUGAUCCUGAGGUUUGGAGUGAUGCUGGCAGUCAGAUCUUCUUCUCGUACGGCGUGUGCAUGGGUAUUCUCUGCUCACUUGGAAGUCACAAUAAGUACACCAACAACUGCUACAAAGAUUGUGUUUACUUGGCUCUUUUGAACAGUUUAACCAGUUUUGUGGCUGGAUUUGCCAUCUUUUCCGUCCUGGGCUUCAUGGCAAAGGAGCAAGGUGUGCCUAUUUCAGUGGUAGCUGAGUCAGGAUUAGACAGUCAGUUUGUCAAUCAGGAGGCUCUGGUCACCACCAUAUCGGACUUGUAUCCCCACCUUUUCCAGGACCAUUGUCGAAGAAAAUUGCUCCUUCUGGGCUUGUGUGUGGGGAGUUACUUUAUUGGCCUUCUGCUGGUCACUGAAGGAGGGCUUUACAUUUUUCAGCUCUUCGACUACUACGCCUGCAGUGGAAUGACACUGCUGUUGCUGGCAGUGUUUCAGUCAGUGUGUGUCGGCUGGGUCUACGGCGCAGAUCAAAUGUAUGAUAAUAUCCAGGAUAUGAUUGGAUACCGACCCAAUGCCUAUAUGAAGUAUUGCUGGCAGUACUUCACCCCUGGAGUUUGUACUCUGACGAUAGUGUUUUCUUUGGUGAAAUACUCUCCUCUCAAAUUUAACCACAGUUAUGAAUACCCGUGGUGGGGUUAUGCCAUCGGAGGGCUCUUCACUCUGUCCUCCACUCUCAUGGUGCCACUGUUUAUGCUUCAUGCACUCCGUGUCACACCUGGGACAUUCAAACAGAGAAUAAAGGUUUUGUGCUCUCCAGCUGAAGACUUAAAGAGGAAAGAGGUGAAUAAAGAAGCUUUCCAGACAUUUACAGAUCUCUACACACUACGCUUACAAGAAAAUGAAGUAGUUCCUAUAAUUGUUUGA